UACAACUUGUCAUCUUACUUAAAAAUCAUAUUAAUUUAUGCAUUGAUGGAAUUAAGAGUUUUAAUAUGUCACACUUUCAAUUUCUAUUUCCAUUAGAAAGAUUAGAAAGAUCCAUUAGAGAUCCAUUAGAAAAUACAAUCAGACUUAACAAGUGUUUUUAUGUGACUAUAAAACUAUAAUAUUUAUUUUUGAAACGUGACCUGGAAGUGAUCGUUUCAAAGAAGACGUGACUGUCGGGUAUUUACAGGUACAGAAGGACUGAAACAUUCAGAGUUUAACAGUAAUAAACGCGUCAGUGUUUUGUUUCCUGACUCUGUGAAAUGUCCAGACUCCAGAGUCUGAAGGUCUUCGUCAACCAGCGGCUGACCGCGGCUGUGGAGGAGAUCUUCGGACACUUUGAGAAAACAAUAACCGAGUAUGAAGAGGAGAUCACCCGCCGCCAUCGCGAGAUGCUGGAUGUGGUUCAGACACCUGAGAUAAAGCAGAGAGACGUCCAGCAACUGUUGGUGUGUAAAGAAGAGCAGCAGGAGUGGAGCUCCAGUCUGGACCAGGAGGACCAGGAGGACCAGACUCAGCUCCUACACAUUAAAGAGGAACAGGAGGAACUCUGGACCAGUCAGGAGGGAGAGCAGCUUCAAGGACAAUUCCACAAUGUGUGUGUCUGUGUUUCAGCAUGUCCUGCAGACGUCCAGCAGCUUCUGAUCAGGACCGAGGAGCUUCCCCCUGAGCAGCAGGAGUGGAUCUCCAGUCUGGACCAGGAGGACCAGGAGGACCCAGAGCCCCCUCACAUUAAAGAGGAACAGGAGGAACUCUGGACCAGUCAGGAGGGAGAGCAGCUUCAAGGACUGGAGGAGGCUGAUAUCACCAAGUUCACAUUCACUCCUGUCCCUGUGAAGAGUGAAGAUGAUGAUGAAGAAGAGAAACCUCAGUCCUCACAGCUUCAUCAGAGUCAGACUGAGGAGAACAGAGAGGCAGAGCCUCCAGCCAGCAGCUCAGCUGAACACAUGGAGACAGAGGCUGAUGGAGAGGACGGUGGAGGACCAGGACCAGACAGGAACUCAGAUCCACAUAGACAUUUAGAACCAGGUACUGGUGACAAGGCUUCAGACUCCUGUGAACCAAAGGAGACCAGGGAACUUCAGUCAGGAAUAAAUAAUGAUGUUCCUGUAAGUAAUAUGGGAUGCAAUAUUGGCAAAUUAUAUAGAUGCUCUGAAUGUGAAAAAAGCUUUGGCUCCUUGGCAUAUCUGAAAUUACACAUGAGAUGUCAUACAGGAGAAAAACCUUACAGGUGUCCAGUUUGUAGGAAAUGCUUUUCAUGGAGUGGACGUUUACAGAAGCACCUGAGGAUCCACACAGGGGAGAAACCGUUCAGCUGCCCAGAGUGUGGGAAAGGUUUUGGUGAAAGUGGAAAUCUGAAGGUGCACAUGAGAAUUCAUACAGGAGAGAAACCAUAUAUUUGCUCUGCUUGUGGUAAAAGAUACAGACAAAAAGGAAGUUUGACUAAACAUCUGGAAGCCCAUAGAAAGAAGAAAUGAAAUAAAUAAACUUUUUUGAAACCUGAAAAACUGCACUGGUGGUAGUUUUUAUAGUACACUCUGCAGAAAGCAAUGCACAUCAAACCCACCACUCCUUAUGUGUAGAAACAAAAUACAAGCGUCCAUGGUUCCUUGGAUGAGUAUGCAACUUCCCCUUCAGACAUUUCGAUUUACCCAUUUUCUGCCAUUCAACUAAAAACACUAAAAGCUGGGCUGUGUUGGAAAACACGGGAGUAUUUUAGUGGCAGCCCUGAUAAACGCUGGUCUAGUUCUGUAAAUACUGAGGAAAAGAGCUUCAGUGCUUUUUACUAUUACCUGCUUUAGCAUAAGAUACACUGGACUUCCCUCUACAAAAGGAAAGAAGUCUGUCCCACAGUUCUGUGUCAUAAACGAUCAACGUGACCCCACAAGGGACACAGAUCAUCAUAUCACUUACUGUUGCUUAUUAAGCCUUUCCCUUCUGAUGCCUGAUGCUGAUAAUUGUUUUUAAUUUUCAUCCAAAUGUUAAACCCACAGGUGAACGUAGACCCACGUCAGUAACAUCCGAUGUUGCAUCAUUACGUAGCCCAGUGUCAGUACUCUGAGCACUGUGGUUGUCUUUUCCUAAAUCCGUAUGAUAUGAACUCUCCUUCACAUCUUUCCUUUACCUAAUUUUCCAUGAAGUGGUUAGGAAAGGGGAUAGGACCUAAUGUCGCAGCCUCGUCUUUGAAGCAAUCUCCUCCAAGUCUUGUAAGGUUACAGACUGUUUGCCACUUUUGUUUUUCACAGUUUUGAUAAUCCUGACUCUGUCUUUACUAUUGUGCUGAUUCCACAAUAGAAAUCAGUAUGAAAGACAUUUCAUUACAAAUUAAAUGGAUACAUUUUCAACACUGUUGUGACUUUUGUUCUGAGAGAAAUCCUCCAAUUAUUUAUUUAUGUAUUUAUAGAAUUAUAUAUAUAUUAUAUAUUAUAUAGAAUGUAAUGUGUGAUUUUUCUGUCCCUGUAUUUACCAGCUCUGGUCCUGGUCCUCCUGCUGGUCCACAUCUCAAGUGUGUUCUGUUUCUAGGUCGUAGGUUUUGUGUGGGACUGUGUGUGUGGCCCUUUUUGUCUUGUUUGUCACCUUCCAGCGUUCCUCGAGGGCAGCCCGGCAUCACGGCCGCCUUGCUGCAGACUGGUCUGUCCUCUGGUGUCAACAGGAGUAACCACGUAAACAUCCCCAGAGGAGGAUGUUUAGGAUUAACAAGUAACUAUUUGACUUUUUUUUUUUUAAGUCUGAAAUUUAAAACUUUUGUAAAUAAGAAAAUUGAGACACAGCUUUCACAUUAUGCUAACGUGCUUUCUGCAUCACUCAGAAUACAUGAAGUGAACUGUUUUAGGCUGUGGUGCAGUGCAAAGUCACUGAUAAUUACUUAAGUUAAAAUAAACUAUGACUUUAAUUAUCAAUCAUUUUAAUGUUUUCAAAAGUGAAACUUUAUAUUCUGGGUGUACAAGGAUAAAAUCAAGAGGCCAGGUUGCAGGUAUUUUAAUGGGAUGUGCAGUUGUGAUUCUCUGGAUGUGUAUCACUGUGACAUCAUAACU